UGCAGGUCGUAUCUACAAGUGCUUGUUUACUGGCUCUGUGAGCUCACUACUGACACUGCCAUUAGAUAUUCUGUCAACGGAGAACUUACUAGCUGACUGUUUGCAGGGCUGUUUUGUGGUAACAUGCACUCUGUGUGCAUUUAUCAGCCUUGUUUGGUUGCGUGAACAGAUCGUCCAUGGAGGAGCGCCACAGUGGUUGGAACAAAAUCAGCAACAGCCACUCAAUGGUGUUGGUCAGCAAAAUGAGGCUCAGGCAGUUGUAAAUGGAGGUGUUGAAAAUGCUGUGCUUGAUCAACCUGCUAACCCAGCUGCUGAGAAUGUAGUGGUAGGUGAGAACCCUGACAUUCAAGAAGAACAAGUAGAUGAAGAGGAGGAAGAUAAUGAAGAUGAAGAAGAUGCUGUAGUAGAAGAUGCAGCAGAUGCAAACAAUGGAGCACAAGAUGACAUGAACUGGAAUGCUUUGGAAUGGGAUCGAGCAGCAGAAGAGCUUACUUGGGAGCGAAUGCUUGGCCUUGAUGGAUCUCUGGUUUUUUUAGAACAUGUCUUUUGGGUGGUAUCUUUAAAUACAUUGUUCAUACUUGUGUUUGCAUUUUGUCCAUACCACAUCGGUCACUUCUCCAUUGUUGGCUUGGGCUUUGAGGAAUAUGUUCAAGCAUCUCACUUUGAAGGCCUGAUUACAACCAUAGUUGGAUAUGUUCUGCUAGCAGUGACUCUAAUUGUUUGUCAUGGGUUGGCAGCACUUGUUAAGUUCCAGCGAUCACGUCGUUUAUUAGGAGUUUGCUAUAUUGUUGUCAAGGUUUCCUUGUUAGUGGUGGUUGAAAUUGGUGUGUUUCCUCUCAUCUGUGGUUGGUGGCUGGAUAUAUGCUCUUUGGAGAUGUUUGAUGCCACUUUGAAAGACAGAGAAUUGAGCUUUCAGUCUGCUCCAGGUACCACCAUGUUUCUGCACUGGUUAGUUGGAAUGGUUUACGUCUUUUAUUUUGCAUCAUUCAUUCUUCUACUGAGAGAGGUAUUGAGACCUGGUGUCUUAUGGUUUCUCAGGAAUUUGAAUGAUCCAGACUUUAAUCCUGUGCAGGAAAUGAUUCACUUGCCCAUUUAUAGACAUCUCAGGAGGUUUAUCUUAUCAGUGAUUGUCUUUGGAUCAAUUGUACUGCUCAUGCUCUGGCUUCCUAUACGCAUUAUUAAGUAUCUCCUGCCUAACUUUCUUCCAUAUAAUGUUAUGCUCUACAGUGAUGCUCCAGUAAGUGAACUUUCCCUAGAGCUCCUUUUGCUUCAGGUGGUGCUUCCAGCUUUACUAGAACAAGGACAUACAAGACAGUGGUUGAAAGGUCUGGUACGAGCAUGGACUGUUACUGCUGGAUACUUGCUGGAUCUCCAUUCCUACCUACUUGGUGACCAGGAAGAGAAUGAAAACAACGCAAACCAGCAGCCUAACAACCAGCAUGCUCGCAAUAAUAAUGCCAUUCCAGUUGUGGGAGAAGGUCUUCAUGCAGCCCACCAAGCCAUACUUCAACAAGGAGGACCUGUGGGUUUCCAGCCUUAUCGUAGGCCUUUAAAAUUCCCACUCAGGAUAUUUCUUUUGAUUGUUUUCAUGUGCAUAACAUUACUGAUCGCUAGUCUUAUCUGCCUUACCUUACCAGUAUUUGCUGGCCGAUGGUUGAUGUCAUUUUGGACGGGGACUGCCAAAAUCCAUGAACUGUACACAGCUGCUUGUGGUCUUUAUGUGUGUUGGCUAACUAUCCGAGCAGUGACAGUGCUGGUCGCCUGGAUGCCACAGGGUCGUAGAGUGAUAUUUCAGAAGGUCAAAGAAUGGUCUCUCAUGAUAAUGAAGACAUUAAUAGUGGCUAUACUGCUAGCUGGUGUGGUUCCGCUUUUGCUCGGUCUUCUGUUUGAACUGGUCAUCGUAGCACCUUUAAGAGUUCCUUUGGAUCAAACACCUCUCUUCUAUCCUUGGCAGGAUUGGGCUCUUGGAGUUCUGCAUGCCAAAAUAAUUGCUGCCAUAACACUGAUGGGUCCCCAGUGGUGGCUGAAAACUGUUAUUGAACAG